CCUGGCGCACCCCCAAAAUCGCAACUGCGCAAACCGAAGAAACAAAACCCUCGACCCAUCCCCGCGGCCUGCGCCGGCCUCGAUCUACGGCAGCGGCGGCUGUAGCUGCGGCCUGGAGCUGGCACUGGCUCUCCACUCCCGUCGUAUUGCCCCGCUUCCCCGGGUCCGGCGACAUCCCAAAUCCAGCAACAGCGACCAAACUUUCCCCUUCGCGCCCUGCCGCUGCCCGCGGGGCGUGACACCUUUCAACACACACUAUACUGUGGAUUGCUACACUGCUGUGGUGUACAGCGAGAUCAUGUGUGCAUAUUUCUGCUGACUGUUUGAGGCAAGGCCCACAUAGUAAUAAACCAGAAGGCAGAAAGCAACUGUUACAAGUUUAUAUCUCUUUUGGUACGUUUCAAUUUAUCCUGUGAUGGAAAACUUUAGUUGGUUCAGGCAUCCAUUCCUCCCCAUGCAACACCCGCUCAUUUGAUCACAUUGGAUAUUUCAGCAGAAGAGCAAUUGCCUUUUGUUACAAUGAGUCCACGCCCACCUGGUGGUUCAUUAAAUCGUAAGAAUUGUCCAAAUGAGCCAACAUCAAUACCCAAUCCUGUGAAUUUUUGCCACCCGCAAUUUUCUCAGCAUAUGCAACUUUCACAACCGCCGUAUGCCAUGAAUAUCCCUUUCCACCAAUUCCCACAGCAACACCUAUACCCACCGAAUGUCCAGUACGUUGUUGUCCAACCUCAGUAUGCUCCAUACUCUUUACCACCACGGAUGCCGCCUCCACCACCUGCUCUAGUUAUGCCGUCCACAUCAGCGUCUGAUUCAGGCACCCCAUGUAUGGAAACUCGUCAAGAAGAACAAGACAUUGAUAUAGUCAAUGAUGAGACUGCUGAACCUGACCGGACUGCUAAGCGAUUACACUGGACGGAACAGGAGGACAUAAGGCUGAUACGUAUUUGGCUGAAUAGCCCAAAGAUCAAGAAGUAUGACGUGUACUGGGCGGAUGUUAUAGCAGCAUACAACAGCAACACCCCUAAAGAUAGGAGAAGGGAACCAGCACAUUUGAGGUGUCAUUGGCAUAAGAUGAUCCCAAAGAUUGCCCGCUUCGAUGACUGCUGGUGCCAGGUCAAGGCAAAAUAUCCUAGUGACCUGUCUGACAAUAUGCAGCUGAUGGACAAAACAUGGGUGAUGUUCAACGCGGAAGCACGGGCGAUGUAUCUUGAGGAAGUAAAACGUCGUUUUGCUUAUAACCACUGCUGGAAAGUUGUCUGGGACCAACCCAAAUGGAAAUCCUACAUCUUGUCUUUGUCCUCCAGAAAAGCUAAGCUGUCUGAGUCUGGGGACUACACGUCAUCCUCUGAAGAUACUGAGGAUGACCCUGAAAAAGAGACAAGCGAAGAAGGUAGCGUCACUGCGAAGGAGAAAUAUGAAGGUAAAGGUGAGGUGGAAAAAGAUAUUCAAUGCUCACUGGAUCUUCAGAACAUGCUAAAGACUAAUCCAGGGGAGAUGACAGGGGUACAACUGCUGCACGCAGAUCAAAACCUUGAACCUUCCAGAAUAGAGCCGCCAGAAAGAAAGGACAAUGAAGCAUUAAUAUCAGAGAAGCAACCAGAACUGUUGAUGACUGCUGCUUCGUGGUACAAUGAGUUUCUGCCUGGGAGUGAGCUGUUGGCUGGUAAUUCGAAGUCCAGCGAGUUGCAACAUGGGGGAGUAUCGAGAGAAGAUGAGCCUGAAAAAGGAACACUUAAACAGGGUUACAAGGCACUAGACCAUGAUGGAGCAACGGCCAUGGGAAACCUUCCUGAAAAGGACGAUACACAAGUCUUGAAGAAGCCCGAUCAUGGGAUAGCAGUGAGGGAAAAUGUUCCUGAAAGCAAAACAGAUGCGCAAAGUUGCAAGGUGACAAAGCUCAAACGAAAACGCAAAGGCAAGGCGUUGCCUUGUUCGUCUGAGGUGCAGGAGGACAUCAAACGUGCAGUGGAUCUUCAGACCAUGCUUAUGAAGGAUCGGGAGAAGAUGUCAGAGGUGCAGCUCCGUCUCUCGAAAGAGAAGCUUGAGUUCGCCAAACUGAAGCAACAGGAAGCAAAGGACAAGAAGGAAACAACGCUUUAUGAGAAGUAUUCAGAGCUGUUGAUGGCUGACACCUCCAGGUUCAGCGACUUUCAAAAGGCAGAGUAUGAGAAGGCGGUGAGGCGCAUGGGCGAGACGUUAUUUGGUAGAGAUGAUAGCUAGCAUUAAUCGUUGAUUUAGUAGGUUAUAUUAAACACUUCUGGUGAAGUGCUAUCUUAUGCAGCACUAAUGUUGGAACGUAGGUUGACGUUGUUAUACCUGUCGAUUUAGCCUACUCGCGGUUUAAGUAA